UUGAACGAAAACAUAAUUUCCUCUUUCAGCAUCUUCCCCAGCAACGCCCUGUAUCCAGCCGGCGUGCGCGCCCCGCAGACGCACCAACCAGUUAAAGCGGAAAGCGGCGGCUGCUCCGUCAGGCUGCAGCUGAUGAUGAUGCUGAGGCAUUUGCAGCAGCGGCGUCUGCCUGGUCCGGUGCUUUCGCUUUGAUCCCAGAUGCCAGCGGGGGGGAUGAUGGAGACUGGCACGCACGUCGAAGCCGAGGACGCUCGUGGACGCAGUUCGUGAGUGGAGUAUUUCCUUUCCGAGGGGGGAAAGAUAACGUGCACCCAGCUUCCGUGACGAGUCUCCGGGAUGCAGUCGUAGUUUGAGGCCGGGCCGGACAUGAUUUUAAUCUCAGGGGCUGCUGCUGUAGAGGAUGCGGGAUGGUGAGCGCCGCACCCCGAGAGAUGCUGAUAAGGAUAAUACAGCUCGGUCCUUUAUUGCCCCAAAGCGAAUCCGGAUUUUAGCUGGACUGUGGUGCACUCUGUGAACAUCCUGCUUGUUGUGGUUGUUUAUUUUAUUUAUUUAUUUUCAUUAUUAUUCCUCUCCGGGACUGCGCUGGAGAUCUGAUGCUGGAGGAUUGGGCUGUUUUGUCUGAAGAGAUCAACUGAGCGCUGUUGCUCUCACAGAACCAGGACUGAGCUCCUCACCUGGUGCUUUCAACACACAAUAAUAACCUAUCAGGAUGGCUGAGAAAACACUGGAGCCUGGCUCGGUCAGCAUUGCUAUGGAAGAAACCAAGCUGCCCGGAGGGGCCCCGCAGGAGGCGCCGCUGCUCACCCACCUGAAGAAAGUGGAGAACCACAUCACCGAGGCGCAGCGCUUCAGCCACCUCCCUCGGCGCUCCGCUAUAGACCUGGAGUUCAACGAGCUGUCCUACAUCAUCCAGGAGGGCCCCUGGUUUAGGAGAAGAGGCUACAAAGCUCUCCUCAAGUGUCUGUCGGGAAGAUUCUGCAGCAAGGAACUGAUUGGUAUCAUGGGACCCUCUGGGGCUGGGAAAUCCACUUUGAUGAAUAUUCUGGCGGGUUAUAGGGAAACUGGCAUGAAGGGGACCAUCCUGGUGAACGGUCGGCCGAGGGAUCUGAGGACCUUCAGGAAGAUGUCCUGCUACAUCAUGCAGCACGACAUGCUGCUGCCGCAUCUCACUGCGAGGGAGGCCAUGAUGGUUUCUGCCCAUCUGAAGCUGAAUGAGUCUGUGCAGAUCAAAAAAGAACUUGUGGAUGAGAUCCUGACAGCUCUGGGUCUCCAGGAAUGUGCUCAGACACGCACCCACUCUCUCUCUGGGGGUCAGUGUAAACGCCUGGCCAUUGCUUUAGAACUGGUCAACAAUCCACCAGUCAUGUUUUUUGAUGAGCCCACCAGUGGUCUGGACAGUUCGUCGUGCUUCCAGGUUGUUUCACUCAUGAAGUCUCUGGCUCAGGGAGGACGGACAAUCAUGUGCACCAUUCAUCAGCCCAGUGCCAAGCUCUUUGAGAUGUUUGAUAAGCUGUACAUCCUUAGUCAGGGUCAGUGCAUUUACAAGGGGACAGUCCCUUAUCUCAUCCCUUACCUGAAGAACCUGGGCCUUCACUGUCCAACAUAUCACAAUCCUGCUGAUUUCAUCAUUGAGGUAGCAUCCGGAGAGUAUGGAGACCUGAACCAAGUGCUGUUCGAGGCGGUCCAGGGUGGACUCUGUUCAGAGGAGAGCAAGAAGAACUCCAGAGACAAAAGCGAUGCUUCCUGUCCUUCUCAAGUUCUCAGUGACACAGGAACCCUGGAGAAGUCCAGCUUCCCCACAAGCACAUUCACACAGUUCUGCAUCCUCUUCAAAAGAACUUUCAUCACAAUAUGCAGGGACACGGUGCUGACCCACCUCAGAGUGAUGUCCCAUCUGUGUAUUGGAGUGCUGAUUGGCCUGCUUUAUCUUAAUAUUGGAAAUGAUGCCAGCAAAGUCUUCAACAACACAGGCUUCCUCUUCUUCUCCAUGCUGUUCCUCAUGUUCGCUGCCCUGAUGCCCACAGUGCUAACCUUUCCUCUGGAGAUGUCUGUCUUUAUGAGGGAACAUCUCAACUACUGGUACAGCCUUAAGGCGUACUUCCUGGCCAAAACCAUGGCUGACAUACCGUUCCAGGUGAUUUGUCCCAUAAUGUACUGUAGUAUAGUGUAUUGGAUGACUGAACAACCUGCGGAGGCGGGUCGCUAUCUCCUCUUCAUGGCCUUGUCAACAUCCACAGCCCUGGUAGCCCAGUCCCUGGGGCUGCUAAUUGGUGCUGCAUCCACGUCCUUGCAGGUAGCAACGUUUAUUGGUCCAGUUACAGCCAUUCCCGUGCUCCUCUUUUCUGGAUUUUUUGUCAAUUUUGACACAAUUCCUAAAUACCUUCAGUGGAGUUCUUACGUCUCCUACGUCAGAUAUGGCUUUGAAGGGGUGAUACUCUCCAUCUAUGGGAUGAAUCGGUCAGAGCUUGAGUGUCCGGAAGUGAUGUGUAAAUUUCAAAAGCCAGAGGAGGUUCUACAGCUGCUGGAUGUAGAGGACGCAAAGCUUUAUGUUGACUUUAUAGUGCUGGGUGUGUUUUUUCUGAUUCUCAGACUGGCCACCUACCUGGCUCUCCGCUACCGAGUCAAGUCAGAGCGUUAAGAUGUCACAAUGUUCUUACAUAUCCCAGCCGUGUGAUGAAACAUAUUGUCCUCCUUUCUCUUACUUAACUUCACCUUCACAUAGACUGAAAGACAAAUCCAAGCCUCAGAAAACUGCUGCACCAUUAUCCAAACACAUGGAUGGAAGAUGUUGUACUGGGAAAUGUUUCUCCAUGUCCUAAGUCUGUUACAAGAUGGUGGUCUUUCUUAGCUCACCUUAACCCUCCCCUAAAACGUUCCGACUGCACAAAUGCCCAAUAAAUUAACCUGAAGCAUGUUUCAGUAAUGCAAGAAAAUUGAAUUUUUACAUUUUGCCAUCAAGAAAAUUGUGAUAUGCCUAAGAAGAUAAUAAAAAAACAUGCUAACCCUACUGGAACAGGAAGGCCCAGUGACUUGUACUAGUUCAGUGCCUAAAAGGUAACUCAGUCCACGUCAUAAUCAUUCUCCAAUCAGUCAAGUUGAAGAGUUCAGAAUCGGUUCCCUCUCAUUCCUGUCAGACGAUAGGAAAACUUUCCACAGGAGGAAACAUUUGCGUGUCUUGUACUUCUCUUUUGGGACAAUCUUUUCAGAUCCCUGUACCUGGACACUUAACAUGCAGACUUCCGACUGCCAUUGGAUGACUUACAUCUGCUUUCGAGUGUAGAUCAUUUUCACAGGCCUCCUGCCCCACCACGGGGGGUGGUGGAGCAUUAAAGCCUGGAUGAACUGUUUGCAAAAUGUGUGUCUUAUGUAACAAACCGACAUUCAUCCUGCGACCAGCCCUCAGAGUCCCUACUUGUUCCAUAAUGCUUGUUUUUGCCAUGACAAAGGAAACAUUGACCGAGCUGGGAGCCAAAUGAGUAAGUGAGUUUCCAACCUGAUUCAAGGAGCUGAGUGAAUGAUGCUGCAGACAAAGUGCAAUAGUUUAAACUAUGUGUAAAGACAUGAUGUUUGUCCAUCAGAUUGCUUAGUUUUGACACUAAUCUUCUUUAAAAUGCUUGUUUCCACUUGUUGUAUGCCUCUCUUCCCCUAUCUUUAAAAAGAAAAUAACCUCCUGUCUCCUUCCCUCAUCUUUCUUUCUGCUUUGCUGAUAAAUAAAAAAAAAAGUGUGUUCAAAAGCAAUGCUAGAUACUUGAAAUGCUGGCUGGGCAUUUUUUUGUGCCUCUGAACUAGAAUGAUUUGAGUUUACUCUGCUUCUUGUUGGAACAUAUGUCUUAUGUCAAUGUACCUACGGUGUGGAGGUCGUUACACACAAAUAUACAUAUGCACACACAGAAACACCAACGUACAGACACCUACAAACACACUUACCUUGUUUAAAAGAGCCUCUCCUCGUCACACGGCAAUGCAAAUAUUUUCCAAUAAACUUGCUAUGAAUUAUUUCUUACUUAAACUAUGCUACUUAGUAAUCCUUAUAAUGAUGCAUAACAUGAUGUGAGCAUAUAAUCAGUGAUUGUACAGUGAAUAUAUGUCAUGCUGUAAACAAAUGUAAAUUAGCACUUUUAAGUAUAUGUUUAUUCUUUUUUAUUAAUUUAUAUUUUAUGUUAAUGUAUCUGAGGAAAGCGCUGCUUGAAAGUAUGAGGAAUGUCGCACAGUCUAGGAAUUAACUUUCUAAAGCAGCUUCUUGGGUUGCUAUGGCGAUUUCAUUUCUUCUCCCAAUGCGUUCGGUUGGUGAAGAGAUUUAAAUCUUCUGCUUGCUGCUGAAAAGAUGUAGAAUAUCUUUAAUUAUAUGUGCACUUGUUCAGAAAUCUGAAAAUAUAAGGUAUCAGGAGUGGCAGGGGAAAAUAUAAAUGUUUGAAAUAUGCCAGGAUGAGACAUGGGCAUUGAGCUGUCAAACAAAUGUACUAAGGAGGGAUGUCUCGAUCCGGUCUUUUGGUCUCCAAUACCGAUCAGAGUUAUUUAAGAGUAGGCAGUUGCAGACACCAAACCCCCGACAGAUGCUUCAAUAAAAUCAACUUUAUGAAUAUUUGUGAAAAUCGGUGGCUUUAAAAGACAGAAAAACUUAAUUUUCUGGAAACUCCAUUAUCUGUUUGUUUCUUCACCGCAACAGAUUUGCCAAACAAGUUUCUUCAUUGCAAUUAAAUAAACUCCAUGCUCCUGCUGAUAAAGUUUCCAUGUAGAGCACUUAGCUAGAUGCUAAGUUGUUGUGGCAGAGACUGAAAUAUGUUAUAUUGACUCAACAUAUUUCAGUGAGGUUUCAUUUAAUACUGAGCAGACAAAACUUAAAGAGAACAUUGUUUUUCUGCUUUGUGAAUUUAUUAGCUGGAAUCUGCAGUUUCCUUGACAGCCGUUUCUGGAGGACAGCCGUUUUAUGUGAAUAUCUGACUUAUAGAUAUAUAAAAAGUAUUGAAUAAACUUAGAUCAAAUUCCUGCUGACAAUGUUUCCACGUGUUGCAAUUUGUUGAAAUGUUUGGCUAAUCCUAGCAGUUUUAUUGUUUUGAUACUAUCAAUGUUGAUAGAUAGAUUAAUAACAUAUUUCAGUGUGGUUUUAGUUUGUUUGAUCAUAUAAAAAUGGCAGAAAAAAUUAUGUUUCUGGAGACAUAUUUGUCUCAAAACAGACUACAGUCUACAACAAAUUAUGUCUUGCUGCUGCUGGCAAUAUUUAGUGUAAAAAAAACUUUAAAAAUGACUAAGCUAAAGCUAGCAUGUUUCCUCAUUGUUUUGACGGGACUACUUGAUAUUUUGGUCCCAGAUAUUUGCAUGCAGGCAAAGCUUACAGAAAAAGUUGUCCCACUGAGUUAUAAUCUUAUUGUUUUACUUUCAUAAGAUCAGUGUUUAAUGACUAAUAUUUAGCUGCUCAUCUGUCUGAAGACAGCAUACAGAGUAGGCCACAUGACACAGACAGUUAGGAAACUGCAACAACCUUUGACACCAAGUCAUUACAAAGGGUGAAAAAAAAGAGAUUGGUUAGCCAGGGCCCAAACAUAAAAAAAAUCCUGGGAAAACCAAUAUUUGGAACUGGAUCGGGACAUCCCUUGUAUCAAUAUGUAGCUGAAGAGAAGGUCGUCAUUAUCAACAGGGAAGCAGCUGAAUAAGAAAGAGAGGGAGCAGAGGCUUGUUUCUGACAGCAAUAGUUAACAUUGUGAUGUUUUUAGAGUAAUACCUCCCCCUGCUGUUGCUUUAGACACUUUAGAAGUCUUAUCUUCCUCUUGGUUUCAUUAUGUGCAAUAAUCAUCCAAAGGUAUUUUGAACUUUAUGAAAAGGGAACUGUGACACUUCUGUAAGAAGCAUGAUGUAUUUUCUUGUUUCUUCUGUUUUGUUUUCCUCAUUCAUUUGUUGUUAAGCCCUUGAUGGAAAGUGGUUGACUAUAAGCAGAUGGUUGCUGCCUGAAAAACCGUGGCAUUUUAAACAUUUUUUAUUACACUUCAAAAUCGGUCUGGUUGGUAAGAGAUUAGCAUGAAAAAGGCGUCAAUAAUACGUAUUUUAAAUGGCUUUAGAAAAUUUCAUUCUGCUAUUUCAACAAAGAAAAACUUUUUAAUUUGUGUGGACCAAAGUUUGGAAAUUGGAGUCUACUCCAAAUGGCAAGUUACUUGAUGAAAGUCCUCGCUAAAUAUGGUUUCAAAAUAGCAGAUGCUAAAUAAUUUUAUUGAACUUAUGCUUUGAUGAUGCAGCAAACUGUGGCUUUUUUUCCUUUUCCUUUCAUUUUGAGACUCCUUUAAGCAUUUCAUACAUUUUUAUUAAGAAGCCACACAAUGCUCUCCUACAUGCAUGGAAACAAUAUUCAGGCUAUUCUUACAAAGAGCUUUACAAAGCAAGUGAUACGACUGAGCUUUAUUUCAACACUCGUUUAAAUAUUUUUUUUCCCUCUAAUAUAAUUUAUUAUCUGCAGCUUAGUUUAUCAUUUGUCAACAAUCACAAGUCCUGUAUACUGAAUGCUGUUCCAAGGAUUAUAAUAAAGAUAAUUUAUAACCUUU